AGUUGGUUUUAUCUUGAUAUUAGUCACUAAUUAGUGCAUGUUUUGUAACCCAAAAAUUUGACAUUUGUGUGUAUUUAUAAAAAUGGCGGACAAAAUGCGUCCAAAUAUACGUGUGGAAAUACACAAUAAUUUGGUGGAAUCGAUGGAGGUGGACAAGGAAAUACUAAGUGAAAAUGAAGAAGGUGAAAUAUUGGACGACACUGAAACGGAUAUAAACACAACAACAGAGGAUUGGGGUGGUUCUAAGGCGGUGUUUACCACGGGGAUAAACAUAUUUGACAAACAGGAGCAAGAGAAGUUAAUUGAACGGGCCAAAAGGUUUGCAUUAAAACCUGAUGAAAUAAACACAUUUUCAGAAGAAGAUUUACAACAAUUGCACUAUACACUGGGAAUAACGGGGGAAAAUAAUUCUGUAGUGCGUUUUAAAGCAGUGCAUAUGCUUGGCACAGACCAAAUGACCACAGAUGACAUUCUAGAGUAUUUUCAUAAGUAUGCACCUGAUUCCAUAGAAUGGAUCGACAUGGACAGUUGUAAUGUUUUGUGGGUGGAUAAAAUAAGUGCUGCAAGGGCUUUAUAUCAUUCUUCAAGAGUUGUAAAAGGUAUGCCAGUUCGGGCAGCUUUAGCUAAAAAAUUUGACUUACUUGAAGAUGAAUCUGAUGAUUUAAUGAUAAAUUCUAAUAGGGAGAUUGCUUUGGAUGAGGAUGAUGAUUUUAUGGGGAAAAUUGACUAUAAAAAUGCUGUGGAUAUUGAAGAAAUAACCAUAUCAGUACCACCUGGGUUUUGGAGGUUAGGUACUAGACAUCCAAAGAGUAAGUGUAUACUGUUACGAUUUGCAUUUAAAACUGAUAGGCAAGCGUUUAGAACGGAGAAAUUUAGUAAGUAUAUUGUUCCCAAACCACAUAGUAAAAGAAAUAAAGUUCCAAAAAAAGGGAUUUUCGAGAGAAAUAAAGAGUUGAAGGACGAUAAAAAUCCCUGGGGCAUUUUGGCCAGAAACUGGGAUGAAGAUGCUAAUUUUCGUGAAAAGGUACCAGUAAUUGAUAUAGAAGACGACGUGUCUGCACCAAAAAUGGAAAUAAAAAAUCCCAACAUUCUAAAACGUUUAGGAAAAAAAUCCGUUGUGGAAGAAGUGGUGGAGAAAUCAGUUGAAAUCAGUAGCGAAGGCGAAGAGGUUGAAGAAGAAGACAAAUCGUCAGUAAAGUCUAAAAUCCCGCGCAUGCGCAUGUACGCCGAUGAAGAAGAAGAAAAACAAAAACGGAAAAAACUGAUACAAACCCUGAAAAAGCAAACGGAAAAGCUGGAUGAAGAUAGAUCGGACCUGCGCAAUGUGCUCGGUGUUACGAACAAAAGAACGAUAAUGGACCGCCUUGAAGAAGAAACAGCGCACGACGAUCGACAAGAAGAUUUAGGUUUACGCCUGAAAAACCGCAGCAAAUCCAUGAUAUUAGCCUUGAAUCGCCAUAUGGACGAAAUCGAGAACUACAUGAUGGAAAGGGAAGAUUCGAGGCCGGACGCGCGCACUCUAAUCGGCAGGAGAAGAGCCGAAUCGCCAAGGAGAAGAUCAAGGUCACCGGUGCAUCGCCAAAGAUCCCCGCUAGUUGUAAGACGAAGAAGAUCGCCGAUAACGUUUGCCCGCAGAAGAAGAAGCAGAAGUAAAAGUCCCGAACGUCAAGGCUUGUACUCGUACCGCCGCAUAAAAGAAGAGAGGGAUCGCGAAGUUCGAAGGCACAGAAGAAAUUACUCGCCCGAUGAAGAAGAGGAAAACUUCGGUCACAAACCUAAAAGUAAAGUGGCUGUGGUUAUAAAAACGCAAAAGAAACCGGCGGUGGCGUCUACGAUAUGGUCUCGCGUCAAAAAACCGAACGAAAGUGAAAGCGAGUCCAGCGAAUCGGAAGAGGAAUCCUCUUCGACUUCGUCUUCUUCCGGCAGCGAAUCGAGCGAUUCCGAAGAAAUUCGAGUGAAUCCCCGAACUGUCGAUCCACGCGAAAGGCCCGGUUUUAACAGUGGCAAAGAUGUUAAAAGUAGGUUAAGUGCUAAAGUUGACCACAGAAGUCCUCUAAAAAUUGAGAUUACCAACGAUUAGUAAUCCUAAUUUAUAUAGUUUGUAUAAAAUAAUUUAAACUAUUAUUUACUGUUUUCAUGUACACUUUUUGUACGCCAUUUUCUUUAUCUAUUUAUGAUUAAAUCAUAUAUUUUACUAACUAAACCAUAUUAAGUAAUAAAUGAAAUUUAAUAU